CACCCCACACCCACACCUCCGCGCCACAUCCCUCUCACCGCAGGCUGCUGAAGUCAUGUCGCUCGAGAUGGGCAAGGGGUACGACCCUGUGGAGGAUAUGAAGCGCGAGCAGCACCGGCAGAAGAAGGAGUACGUCUCCGAGUACUCUGUCCGCGAAGUGCGGCGGAAGGAGAAGCGCGAGAAGAAGGCCAAGGUCGAGACGGAGCAGGGCGUGCAGCGGAAGCGGCGGCAGAUUGUGCUGACUCAGCAGCAGAAGAACGAGAUCCGCGAGGCCUUUGACCUCUUUGACGCCGACGGCACCGGCACCAUCGACGCCCUCGAUCUGCGGGUGGCCAUGCGGGCACUCGGCUUUGAGCCGUCGACCGACGAGAUCGAUCACAUGAUUGCCGCCGUCGACACGGACGCCUCGGGCACUCUCGACUUUUCGGAGUUUCUGGAGGUUGUCACCCGCAAGAUCAAUGCCCCGGACUCGCUGGACGAUCUCCGCAAGGCCUUUCUCCUCUUUGACGCCGACCGCUCCGGCUCCAUCUCGUACGACAAUCUGCGCGCUGUCGCCGACGCCCUCGACGCCGAGGGCACCCACGACGAGCUCAAGCUCAUGAUCCUCGAUGCGCGCCACUGGCCCGACGAGGGCGACUAUGACUACGACAAGUUCCACGCCGACGUCCGCCUCAACCCGUCGACCACCAUCGACCUCGACCAGUUUGUCCACAUCCUCAAGCGAAAGUGCUACGAGCCGGCCAAGAUUCCCAAGUCGGUCAUUGCCCAGUGCCGUUCCGACCUGUGAUGGCUUGUUGGCUUGGCUGCUCGGGCGGGGGCGGCAAAACUCGCGCUAUGUUCAUUGAACUCACACACGUCACCGCA